AUGGGCAAGUGCGUUCACAAGGGCUGCGGGAAGGUCUUCGCCGACCCGGAGGAAGACUGCGUGUAUCAUCCGGGUCCGCCGGUGUUCCACGAAGGGCAAAAGGGCUGGAAAUGCUGCAAACCCCGCGUUCUGACAUUUGAGGAAUUCCUCUCCAUCCCACCCUGCACCACGGGCAAACACUCCGAAGUCGACGACACACCUGCCCCGGAACCUACAAAGGCCGCCGAGGGACCCCCAGCAGCGGCGCCUGUCCCCACGCCCGUCGUCGAGGAGCCAGAGUCCGACGAUCCAGACCUGGAAAUCCCUGCCAACGCUACAUGCCGUCGCAAAGGAUGCGGGGCUUCUUACGAUGGCUCGACUGCUCGUGAGGAAGAGAAAUGCGUGCACCACCCCGGUAACCCGGUCUUCCACGAGGGCAGCAAAGGAUGGUCCUGCUGCAAGCGCCGGGUGCUUGAGUUUGACGAGUUCUUGAAGAUCCCUGGCUGCACUGAGAAGACGAGACAUAUGUUUGUUGGCAAGGCGAAGCCUCCAGGCGAGGAGAAGGUCGAGACCGUCCGGAACGAUUUCUAUCAAACCCCCGCCUCUGUCAACGUCUCCCUCUACCUGAAAAAGAUCGAUAAGGACCGUGCCGUCAUCAAGUUCACCGCAGACAAGAUCGAGCUUGACCUACCCACCACGGAUAAUAAGCGCUACCAGGAUACCUAUGAGCUCUUUGCUCCGAUUGACCCCGAACAGUCGAGCUUCCGGGUGCUGGGCACCAAGCUGGAGCUCACGCUUGUCAAGGGGGAUCAGAGUAGCUGGCCGGUGUUGCGCAAGGAUGAUAAGUGGACUGGUCAGCGCAUCCAGGUUGGUAACGCUGGUCGGGCAUAG